AUGCACACCAUUCGCACACUCAGCGGAUCAACUCGCGAUGAAGCGCUGGAUCCGGCGCACAGGUCAGUCAACUAUGAUGACGAUGGCGCCGUGCGCACAGUUACGACACGCAGCCGUCAGAUCUGGCUAUGCCGCCCAGAAGCCUUCGACUUCGAUGAUUCCACGUUUUCAAACCCGGACACAGGCGAAGCCUUCUCUAGGAUAAUCCGGUUCAUCCAGGAUUUGCCAGGCGAAGAGUUGACGGCCCUCAAAAACCCGGAUACCUCCUCAGUACAUACUCCGCUCCGCGACAUGGUGUACGAUAUGUGGAACCACGUGUUUUGGGACGUGGCGCAAUUUUUGGGCCAAGUCAACUGCAACACUGGAACUUUCUGUCCUCCGGCACACGAAAUUCUAGCCAUCAGCUAUCCGGAGACCCCAGUUGAGGUUGGGAGGAUGCAAAGAGUGGCGCAGUUACAGUCCGAUUGCAACCUAAUGAUUGGGGCUGUGUAUGUGGCACCUGGCGUGAGACUUCGGUUUCUGGUCGGGCAACCUGAUCAAGAGAGCUUUAUGGAGAGUACAUUCAACUCCGAAGCAUUUGGACCCGAUGUCCUCGUUGAUGCAACGAAAGUGACUGGAUGCUACAACGAACCAUACGUGCAUUGGGUACGGCGGAACAGAAACAUCCAGGUCUUUUUAGAAGGACAACCUGAUCAGCCUAAAGGUGGACUGGCAGCAGUAUUUGUAUACGGAAAAUGCCAAUAUCAGCCCGAGAACAUGGCUCACCCAUGCACUCAUUCAUGCGACUGUGGUGAAGUUGAGGAAGAUGACGAGGGUGACGAGGGUGACGAGCAAAACGAGCGAAACGACGAUGACAACAAUGAGCGCAAAAGAGAGGAUGGGCAAUAG